AUGUACCUGGUUACCGUGCUUGGGAACUUCCUCAUCAUCUUGACCAUCAUCUCUGACUCCCAUCUCCACACACCCAUGUAUUUCUUCCUCUCCAGCCUGUCUUUUCUUGACAUUGGCUUCACCUCGACCACCGUCCCGAAGAUGCUGGUCAACAUCCAGGCACAGAGAAAAGACAUCUCCUACAUAGGAUGCUUCACUCAGGUCUAUUUUUUAAUGGUUUUUGCUUUACUGGAAGGUUUUCUCCUGACUGUCAUGGCCUAUGACCUAUUUGUGGCCAUCUGCCACCCGUUGCACUACAUGGUCAUCAUGAACCCACGCCUCUGUGGCCUCCUGGUUCUGAUGUGCUGGUUUACUAUAGUCUCCUUGUCGUAUGGGACAGGCCUGUGCAUCUACUUAAGUUACACUGUGACAAAUUCUUCUCACAGCAAUUCGAUCACCUCAGUGAUGUACACCAUGGUCACCCCCAUACUGAACCCCAUCAUCUACAGACUGAGGAACAAGGAUGUGAAGGGGGCCCUGGGAAGGCUCCUCAGCCGAGCUGCCCCUGGUCUCUGA